CCGUGUCAUUCAAUUGACCCGGACGACAACACAUAGAGGUUUUCUUACCACCAGUCGAUGAGGGACUCGUUCCCAGUGGUUCUCAUACCUGCCUUAUCCACCUAAUCCUCUCUUAAACCACCAUAUACGCCUACAUCACCAACCUCGCAAUACCGUCAAGAUGUCGCAAACAGUCGGAGCUACCCGACUAGCCUACUCCCGUGUCUGGCACCACAUCUCCGCCGUCACGCCUCACCCCACCCUCUCGACCAUCAAGGCCCCUCCUGAGGCCAUCACUCCCCCUUCUCUCGGUCGCAUGGCCUCGCGCAUCGCCACCAUCCUGAUGGGCAAGCACAAGCCGAUCUGGGAUCCCUCCACCGACUGCGGCGACUACGUAGUCGUGACCAACUGCGCGGCCCUGUACACGACGGGCCACAAGAAGUGGCGCAAGACGUACUACCGCCACAACACCCGCCCGGGUUCGCUGCAGGCCAUCACCAUGGACGCGCUGAUGGAGAAGCACGGCGGCGCCGAGGUGCUGCGCAAGGCCGUCAGCGGCAUGCUGCCCAAGAACAGGCUGCGCGACAAGAGACUGGCGAGGCUGAAGGCGUUUGAGGGCGAUGCGCACCCGUACAAGGAUAACUUGGUGCGGUUUGGCGGCAAGGUCGUGGGCGCUCCGGGAUGGGAGGAGGCUGUUAAGGCUAUCAGGGAGGCGGACGGAGAGAGGAUAUGAAGAACCCAUGAGGUGGGGUUGUGCAAGGUGUGAGGGGUUUGAAGGCACUGGGGUUGGCUAUCUACUCAUGGAGGAGUGUCAGA